AUGUUCCAACCCCCUGCCAAGUUCCGGGGCGGACAUGUCGCCAGCGGCAGUGUGUUCUUGUCUCUCUCUCUUUUCCCUCAACCCCUGCCUAUGUUAUUCCUCGUGAACUGCCCAGCCGCCACCAUCGCUAUUUCGCUCCAUGAAGUUGCUUGGUCAGAUGUUGACGAUACCAAAUCUUAG